AUGCGGGUCUCGGCUCUGAUCUGCCUUCUCCUCGUCGCAUCGAGGCUCAGGGAGUCGCGAUGCGGGCCGAGAUACUCGUUCGAGGCGAGGUCGAAGGCGGCCGAGUUGUUCAAGACGAAGGGGGAGAGCUCGAGGGCGGUGCAAGAGGAGGGGGUCAUGGCCACCCCGAGCCCGUUGCGCCACGAGACGCCGAGGAGGGCGGGCAGGGACGAGUACUCGUCGACGACUACGAGGGGCGACGAGGACGAGUCGAGGAACGGAUUCGAGGCGUCCACCUUCAAUCCGGACGUGUUGAACAAGUUUUUGGAGGAGUACGCGAGCAAGAUCAAGGGCAGCACCGAGAAGUACCAGAGAUAUCCGUUCAGGAUCGUCAAGCCUUCCGAGCCGCUCCCCCUCGAGGUGGACGAGCAGACCACCGUUCGAUCGUCGAUCAUCGAUCACGAAGAUCAAAACACCAAGUACGAGGAGGAGCCGAUCAAUUCCACGUCCACCGAGGAUGGAUUGGGCGGGAUUCUGAACGACACGAUAAAGAGGAACAAGUAUUACGGGGCGAACUCGUACGACGAUAGGAACGGUUGGGUCACGUUGGAGGCGAUACCCUGGUCGAAGAGCAAGAUUUCGAAAUGGCAAGCGACCCCGAGCACGCAACGCCCGUGGCCGGAAGUGAAGCCGUGGGAUAAACCGGGCAAACCUUGGACCUCCGAUUACUCCGUCAGGCCCAUCUACGAGAACAAUAAACCAUGGUACGAGAAGCCGAAACCGAGUUGGCCGGAGAACAGCCAGAACGACAAACCCGCGUGGCAAAAGCCCAAUCGGCCUUACUACACUGAGAAACCGGAGGAGACGCAGGCUCAGAAGUGGCCACCCGAGAGGCCCUCUUGGAACAAAUACACGGACCGUCCAAGCAUCAACACCGAUAUAAUUACCGACAACAGGCCCGCCAAUUUCCCCAGCAAUUGGAACAGGCCGCAACCGACGAAACCGAGCUAUCAAUAUCUGGACAAGUAUCCGGAUAAAUAUCAGGGGGAAGAGGGAAACGAUUGGCACGAUUUUCCGACGAGGCUCGAGGAUCGUCCAACACCUAGGCCGAGCACCGAGAGGCCGACCGCCUUCUCCCAUUACCAAUACGUGAACAAUCAUCCGCAGAGUUAUCCCGGGAACGGGGACGGCCAGUGGGUGCUGCUCUCGACGAACAGAGGCUAUUCCAAGUCCAGGCAGAGGUCGAUAAAGAUAGACUCGAUGGGCCACGCGGGGAAUGUUACGAGGAGCGUGGGUAGAAGGGAGGAAGAAGCUGAUCCAGCGGUAGCCGUGAUGACGUCGAAGAGACAGGUUAGAUUGACGGUGUUACCAUCGAUCAACGGCACGAAUACGACCACUUCGCACGGGGGCCUUCUGGAAGUGGAGAAGACGUUCAAGAGCGUGGACCAGAGUCAAAAGGAGUACGAGAUGGAAAGGCAGCCGUUGUUAUCGACCAUCCUGAAAAAGAGACCUAUCAGAAACACAUUAGGAAAUAAGGCGUCCAGCUCUGCUGUUCUGGCUGCUGUCAGUGCCGGGAUAUUACCGGCAACAAUGGCAAUGAUGAUACCGAUGAUUCUUGGUCGUCGAAAGAGGGAUCUAACGACUUCUGGAUUGGGCCUCCUCGAUCACGAGACUAUGAUAAAGAAACUGAUCCCGAGAAACAAAGUACUUGAUAAUUCGUAGAAACGGAGAAAUGGAGAAUUAGAAAAGGAAAAAAAAUAGGCACAACUUUUGAAGUACAUAAAAAUGAAAUUAGCAAAUUAUUAAAGUUUAAGAAACUGGUGGUAUACAUGACAAAUUUGUAUAGUUUUAAGUCUAUCUAUUCUCUUAUUUACAUAUAUCGAUCGAUAUAUACGGAUUCGUUUCGUUUGGCAACGAGUUUAAUUGUUAAUUGUUUCGACGAAAAACAAAUGUGUUCCGCAGAUAGGAAAAAUAGAUUUUUAUUACAAGUUUCUUCAUAUAUUUAUACACAUGUUAGGAUAACACGUAGACAUUUAUCUUAUUUAUUAUUUAUUUAUUUAUUUAUAUAUAUGUGUGUAUUUAUACUUUACAUUUCGAUGCUCGGUUUGAAUAAAAGGAAUAAAUAUCGAUACGAAAGAUACCGAUCGAAGAAUAAAAGAGUCGCUCGAAAAAUAAAGGAAUAGAAUUUUUCGCUGCUAGUCUUUCAAAACCUUUAUCUUUCUCGAAACUUUCUGGUGGUUUCGAAAAAACUAUCAUAGAAUGCAUCUUUUUUAGCACUCCGUGCGAGAAAUCCUAUUUAUCGUUAAAGCUUCUUGUUCCUGCCAGGAAUAAUCCAAUCUUCGUUCCUUGAUCCAAUCCGACGAUUUAAGUUUAAACAAUUAGCUUGCAUAUGUUGUAAAAUUCUAAACG